CUCAAGUCUUUCGUUGUUGAACUCCUUCACACGAUCACAGUUAUUAGUGGUGUUUUAAGUGAUGAGCAUUUUACGGUCGUUUGCGAAAUGGUUUCUCCCGCAAAUGGCUCUCUUGGCGUGUCACGUUCUUACGUACGCGGACGUGUGUGGUAUCCUGGCUGGCGAUGCAGCGAGCCACACACACGGCACUGCUCCGGCAACCAUAUAACUCUGGCGCACGCGCACACAGGACCUUCGUACUCUGUGCGGUCUCUUCGAUACGCUCCGGUGAAGAGAAACUGUAUUGAGUUAGUGUUGGAGAAACACAUAUCGGAAAAAGGGCACGACGGAAAAAAAGAGUCUACCACAAACCUAGGGCUUCGAACUAGGGUGGAACUUUUCACCGUACGGUCGUUCUUGUGGUGUGCUGCUGAUUGCGUUAAAGAACGCGUAUUUUGUGAACAGCAGCGGCUGAGCAACCAAAAGUUGCUUAAAUCAGUAUAACAAAAACCAGAACAGUGAAGCUUCGUAGUUAUCUUUUUCGGGUCAAAAAUUGUAUCUCAGUAGCUUGGAGAAUAGAAGCAAAUCGAAGCAAAAGAAAAACGACAGACAACCCACAAAAGGUUGCCUCCAUGGGAUAAAGGGAAUGAAAGAUUGUCCGAAACGGAACCAAAGUGCCCCGGUUGGGGUGUGUGCGUAUGUGUUUGGUGGUAUUAUAGCAGCAGAACCAAGAAAGCCAGAUCCAAAACGGAAACCGCAAAGUGUAUCCGAUCACCAUCCGAGAGUAGUCGUGGCUGAGGUUUGACGUCUCCUAGGCAUGCAGGAAAUGUGUACCGUCACAUGUGUGAAGCUGCCUGCUGAGACAAGUUGUGCAAGUCUACCCCGGAGUGCUAUCAAAUCCGGCGACCUGAAACUUUCUUCUCGCACACUUAGCUGGCAGACCGAAGUGAGCUACUGGGUCGUGUGAAUUCUGUGCUAGGGAGACACCGGUCAAAGUUGGUCAUACAUAUAGGUGUAGGACAUCCUGUCGAUGAACUGUGUACGCAAAAUAUACAGGAAGAAAGUGCAAAAAAUUGUGCUGACCGAAAGCGAAAAUAAAACAACCAGCCACAAAUCGACAAUAGGGUUGUCCUUUCACGUGUUAUCGUCAAAUCAAACGCGUGUCGAUUGCAUUUGGGGGAACUUCUCCCUACUGUUAGAACCAUCAGGUGUGGUGUGGCUGUGUAGCAGCAAAUCGUUCGCAUACGAGUGUAUUUCUGCAGUGGUUCACUAAGGACGAAAUCGCGAUGACUGCUCUCGCCCGCUAGCACCAGCUACACGGGUGCUGUGUGUGUGUGUGCGUGCGCGUCGAGAGUGUUGCUGUUUUGCGAGCGGGCUGUUUUGGUGUAGGUGCGUCGUGUGUUAUUAGCGGAUGUGACGCUGCUGGUCGUGACAGCACAAAACGGAAGAAAAGGGCAUCUCAGCAAGCCCACAGAGUGUACGGUGCGGUUAGUUCGAAGAGCAAUCGUAGUAAUCUGCGGUGGUGUAUAGCCGUUAAAGCAGAAGAUAUUGACGAAAUACACACGCACACACGAGGCCCCGUAAUCCUUCUGUAAUUGACUAAAAAUCCUCUCCGUCAGCAGUGCACAAGGGCCCACGCAGUUUCGCACGGUUUUUCACACCUGAACACUGGGUGCUGGGUGGAGGAAAGUACACCGUUAAGGCAGAGAAGGAACAAAGUAAACGGCGAUAAAAAAAAACAACAACAAAGAAUAAUACAGCAAAUAUUGCACGUCAAAAAUAAAUCAACAUCCUUUGCCAGGAAAAUGCUGAUUCGGUGGAAAAGCAAAGAUAAAAGCUCGUCAUCAACAUCGUCAUCGUCGAGCACAUCGAAAAAGAAACGGAAAGGAAGAGACAGCGAGGAUGACUGGCAAAAUGAUAAAAGCAACAGGAAUCAGCCGACCGAUCAAGCAACGAUCGACGACAGGCGACGAUCGGCCCGAAGCAGGGAGGAUCCCCGCCGACAUACGCUCGGGGGCGAUAUGCUACAGUACCAGGCCCAAACGCAACCUCCAAACAUUCAACGAUCGCUCGAUUUUGAAACCCCGCAGAUGCGUGUGUACACACCGACGAAUCAAGGUCCAUUGUUUGACGAUGAUCCUGGUAUCAUGUCCGAAGCCGAAACGGCCAGCACCGGCUUCCGGCGGGGUGGCAAACAACGCUCAUCGUUGCCUGUCGUAAGAACACCGUCGAAAACACUGGAACGACCGCUAGGGUUGGUAUUUUUGCAAUAUCGCUCGGAAACGAAACGUGCACUGCUACCGAACGAGAUCACGUCCAUCGAUACGGUCCGGGCACUGUUUGUGCGAUCCUUCCCGCGUCAGCUAACCAUGCAGUACCUCGAGGGUCCGAACGUGAAGAUAUACAUUCAUGAUUCGAGCAAGGACAUGUUUUACGAGCUGGAGGAUGUUAGAUCGCACCUUCGAGAAAUACGUGAUCGUUCCGUGCUACGACUGUUCGAGUCAAACGAAGUGAGCGCACCUCAGGUCCUGCCCGGUGGACAAAAUAUUCCACAGCCUCUACAACCGGCAGCAAUUCCAAACCAGUGGGAUCAAGAGCAGAGCUAUUUUAGUGAACCAGAAUUCGAUUCAGAGUAUCAACAUCAGCACAUUCACAAAAGCAAGCAACCUACAAAAACCCCAUACUAUGUUGGUACAACUCAAACGUUACCUAGAGGAAUGUACUCGGAUAGAAACAAGGGAGCAAUAGGAGUAGCAUCGAAACCGAUUCGUUCGUACGGCUCACGAGGCAAUAUUGCGGGUCCGAUGCCGUACACUACGGAGCAGCUGUACAACAUUCCAGAUGGAUAUAUGAGUUCGCCAGAACGUAGUGGAGCAUCGCGAGGAGCGUACGAAGAGCCUUACUACAGCCAAUACGGUACACGUUCCACGACCGUUACACCGAUUAUCGAUGAAGAACAAGGGGAUAUAUCGAUCGCGGAUGAUCAGUAUGCCAUGUAUGGUGUGAAAAAUGUUGGACGAAUUCCACGAGUGCCACCAAACCAGAUGUACGAUCAUACCAGAUCGGAAGAUCUCCAUAGAAUACGUGUCGAGCAUAUGGAGCGACAAUUGGCCAACCUUACCGGACUGGUCCAGAAAGCCCUCACGCAAAAUCCUCAACUACCGCUAGUUAACAACAGCCCAAAUAUUCUAAACAUCCCUGGACAAUAUCGUAAUGCUGAAGCUACUGGAGAUGGUACAGUUUGCACGCGCGAAAAACCACCAAAAUUGGGAAAAUCAACAUGUCACAAAUCGGUUUCGUUUGAAAAAUCUGUUUCCUUCAGUGACGAUAUUCAGGGUGUGCCGAAAUCUCACAGUCCACAACAUUCUGCAGACACAAAACCUCCUAAACCGGCAAUUAAAUCUUCAACAUUACCUAGAACCUCAUCACAGGAACGCGAUCGACUAAAACCACCACCACCUCCAAAGCCUCUGGUAAUGAUAGCGGGUAAUCAGUACCGUACAGAUCUAACACUCGCACCGGAAGUGUAUAAUCAACUGCGUGGCUUACAAAAGAAAGCGAUGGAUCUGCGAACGGAGGUCCGUACACUGCGUCGGUUAACGCAAACACAGGCUGUCGCUGUACGGGAGGACAUUAAGGACACUUUCAUGAGAAUACGCGCUACCUUGCUGUCCAAUUCAGGCUUCGUUUGGGGCCAAGGAGACAAGGAAAGGACAAAUCUUACAAGAGAAGAAGAAAUCUAUAAACAAGAAGUGAUUCGAUUGGAAAAGGAUUUGGCCGAUUUAGAAUCGUCGGUGGAAGGUCUAAGAGGUGAAGUAAUCAACAGAAGAACCCGCGUCAAUAUGGUCGCCGUUGAAGACAUGGCACUAGUGCUCAGUCGUGCAAGUAAAACUGUUGCUGAGCUGAAAAUGCGUUUCCCAGUGUUACAGCAAGGGUUGCGAAAUCUCAUUUCCAACGAAAUGGAGCAUGUUUGUCGAGAGGAAGCAUUCCUCAAAGAUGAACCCGAUCGGCUAGAAAACGCUUUGAGGCGAUGUAAAAAAUUAACCGGCACACUCGUGACGCUCAAAAGACUUGCGAGCGUACAGGAGCAACGAUUACCCAUACCGGAUACGACGGGCACGGAUGAAACGAUCAAACCUCCGGAAACACACAACAACGUGAAUAAGCCAAUCCCAAGUCCCCGUCUGGGGACAGUCGUUACCAGUGGAGGAAUCGCCCCAGAAAACGCACUCGAUGCUUUGCUAGAUGAGCUGCAAACCUUUGCCAAACCGCCGAACGGUGUUAACGAGCACCGACCGGACGACUCCACAUCAGACGAUAGUUCUCAAACGCUGCAAAACAGUAUCACGACUAAAAUCUCCCAGUCUCAGCUAUACCCCUCCGAGCCUGUAUCCUCUAAUGUUGGUCUCCGGCGGCUUCAUUCGUAUCCGAGCGGUUCGGAUACGGACACGAGUCCACCGCAACCGACCCGUCCGACUACCGGCAAACCGCCCGUUCCGGAACGCAACGCCGAGUUGCUCUCGAAGGUCAACAACAAGCGUGUACCACCGCCGCCUCCACCGCGUACAAGUUCCCGUAGCCCUCUGGCCAGCCCAACAAGUCCUCAUGUGCCGCAACAUCACCGUGGCCAGCAGCCAGUGGUGACGCUGUCCGAUUGUGAGCAGCAGCAGCGCACAUCCGAGGGUACCGAUUCCGGUAGUGAAUCCGUCUGUUCGGACAAUUCGCAGCGUCAGCUUGCGCUCGAGCUGCGCCACCAGGAGCUACUAAAGAAACAACGUCAGCUGCAGGAACAGUACCAACGGUUGCAGCAGAUGAGCAAAAAUGCCGUACCACUGGCGCCGACAACAAUGAAUCACGAUAUCAAGAAGACGGGUAGCGAGUCCAACCUGCCAGUGAAGAUGGGCUACAAUAUGACCGUGAGUGGGUCAAUGAAAAAUCUCUGUGGCGGUGGAGACGCCACAGUGCCUUUCGAUGCUGCGGCACCAACGGCUAACAACAUCGACCAUCAAGAUGGGAGCGACAGCUCCAGCGGUGGGCCAAAUUCGAUGGACGGUGUUAUCGGUGCGAAUGGAAACACCGGUUCCAUGCCAGCACACCUAACCAAAACAACCAACAAAGUCUAUGAAACGGACAUACUGUAAACGGACUUAUCACAUCCUUCAUUUUUCCCACAGAACGCUCGGACGGUAACAAGAAUCCGGUAGAUUUAGAUCAAUGCCGUCAAGACAAAUCUAGAAAAAUGCUUCACAGAUUAGUUGUUUCCAAGCUCUGCUCCAUUUCCUAAUUGCGCACUACCUAAUCGAAUGCAAAAAAGAAGUUUUUUUGUUUAGUAAGAUAUUCAAAUAUUUAUUAUUUUGUAGCUGAUCUCAUCGCGUCGCAAAGCGACUGGUAAAAAAACUUAGAAGGUUUAUGUAUUAAGUCAAUCCACGCGUCUAUCGUUUAUAGCAGUACCUGGUACAGUGUAGAAAUAUAAAUCCGUUUCAAUUUGUAUUUUUUACAAUUAAUUUCAAAUAUUUCGUUUUUUUCUUUUUCCUACUAAAUUCCAGUAAUAUGCAAGAAGAUGUAAUUAUUAGAUUUUUCACUGCAGAUAGGUUUCUCCUUUAUGAUUUUGAUCCCGGGAACAAGCCCGCAUGGAAACUGCUCUUUUUAUUGCAAAUAUUUUCUUUAUAGCCAAUACACGAUUAAAACUAAUGCAAGUCUAUUAAGGUACACUAUCAAACUAUUCCUACAACAGAACGAUAAAAUAUCUACCGCUUGUACGUGUGAUGUAUCGGCAUACAUCUACAGAUUGUGAAAGAGAUUGUGCCCAAAAAUUACCAGUAUUGCACAAUAAUGCACAUGUGUGUUCAUCAUUUGAUGUUUGCACAAACUAAACGAAAUGCUGCAACUAGAACUACACAUUCCUCCUAGCUCAACGGAACCUUCGUAAACCAUUUACCCUGUCCAGAUUAUAGUGCUUACCAAACGCAAAAGGAUGCUUGAAACCGAACUAGAUUAUUAACCGACCGAUCCGAUGUAAUACUCAACAAGAACCAACAGUCUUCUGAAACACUUUAGUCUGUACGCAAUGUUUAGGACGAGUGUGUCGUACUAGAGCAAGAGAGAGAGAGAGAGAGAGAGAAAAUUAACAGAAGGCAUCUGUUGGAGGAAUGUUAUUACUUAUUGAUUUGUAUAAGGAUAAAUCUAAAUCACACUGAUAUGAUCGAUCGAGAUGCAGCAAGGAUAAAAGCAAAUGGAGCUAUAGAAUAUUACAAGUUCAUCACAAAAACACAUACACAUUAAAUGAUGAGAAGGUGUCACCAUUCACGAAGAUAAGCUGCAACAAAAAUGCACCGAAAAUGUCGCAACUGCAACUGCAAUAUUCGUGUCGCGCGCACUUCAUUGCACGAAAAAAAAAAUACAAAUGCAAAAAAACGUAAUAAUAGAAUGUUUGUUAAAUCGAUCACGAAGCAAAAUAUUAUCGUUUGUCGAGCAGACCACUGGUAUGUGUAUUGCUGGUUAGUAGUAUAAAUGAUCGGUUCACAGUGGGGUUGAUCUCCGCCGUCGCAACUGAAACGUGCAAUGCAAUAGUGUACUAUGUACUACUACUACCGAUACUGCUAAUGGCGGGUAGUGUAUUUUCUUUUCAACAUGGUACAAGCACUGGCAGCAAAAAUGUGUAAGUUAGUUUGUUAAAAUUUAAAUACUUGUGAUCACAAUUGGGGUAAGAAUAGUCAAAACACAAUCCUCGAAACUUUGCAAAACUCACGAUGGAUUAUUUAAAAAAAAAAAACACCCACACAUUCAUACCAGUUAAUGUUUGGAGCUGUAAGGGGAGCGCGAAAAAUCGUCUAUAAUAACACAAACUACCGAACACACAAUUAUCCUAUUGUGCACGUGUCGCUCGUGUAGUAUCGAGUAACAAUUGAUCGUGUUCGUUCAUCCCGACACGAAAGUGUGUUGAUGGAAAUUAGGUACACCCAACACGCCCCAAAAAGGUUUGGACCGAUUGUGACAAAGCAAAUAUAUGUCUAACAUCAGUUUAUUGUUCGUACAAACAGGGUUUUUUUUAGAAUGACACUCACGUAUCCAAUGCAAAAUCAACGUUAACGCGUAAUUGAAAGUAAAAAAACUCACACACAACAGUAACAGGCUUCAAAAAAGUUUACUUAUCGGACGUCACCAUGCUCUACGGUACGGAAGCGGCAUUCGCACAUUAAAAUAUAGCUUAAAAAAUCAUCAACCACACAAAUAUUAUGCGAGAAAAUCACGCAAUUGUGCAUGAAUGUUGAUUAGGUUUAUAGUGUAUAAGCUUCCGUUUUUUGAUAGCUGUUUGCGAUCACAUAAUGCACGCGCCACUGUGUCUCUAUUGAAAUGGCCGAUCCGAUAAGAUCCAAUAUGCACGUGUCAAAAAGUUGCGGUUUCCGCACGUCGGUCGAACAGACAGAAAGAGUUGUUAAACACGAAUAUAUAGAGAAAAGAAAACAAAAUGAAACGAAUAUGCAAUAGCCAGAAAAUAGGUUUUACAUUAAAAAUCCCAUGUUAAUCUUCAGAAAAAAACAAGUCCGUUUGGGAAUGAUGGGGAAAGCAGGACAGAGAAUGAUGGGUGUUGCAUAUAAGAAAAACGGCCCCGAAUCGAAUGGAAAAUUGGUUUUAAUUUAAAAAAAACGGAGAAGAAAGAAACAUAUAUUAUAAUAUUCACAAUCCCACGUUCACUAUGAGGAGCCAGCAGCUAGUGCGAUAGUGAGUGCCAAGGAUAUACAUUAGCCAAACAUGUUUGAUAAUGAUAACGAAAACCAACGAUUCCAUGAGUAAAAACAGUAGCAAAUGGCUAUUAAAGGAUGAUCGAUAGCAUAGCGAGCAAUUGUGCGCUGAAAAUGAUUUCAUUUUAACCUUUUUCUUCGCUCGGUUCGUUACUUAGCUUUUGUAUGUCAAACAAAUCAAACACGAACUGAACGAAGGAUCAAAGCAGAAAGGAAGGCGCGCCCCGCUACUAGUUAGCAGAUAGCGUGUAAGCAUGAUGAAUGAAAUGAAAAUUUGUUUAUCAAUCAAGUUUACUACACGAGAAAUCGAUAUCAAAUUCUCACUGGAAAAAAAAUGCAUAAAAGAUGGGAAAUGUACGAAGGGGCAAAAGAUUCGCACGUUAAACGAAAAAGGAUAACCAAAAAGAAAAAAACACAAACGAUAAACUUGCGAUUAGUUAGUCGACUAUGAUGAACACACACAAGAUCAUUCACAAGAUCACACUCAAUCACACACGCGUACACCCACUCACCAACACACAUACACACACUCACAUGUUUGUGUCACUGGAUCAUUGUGUCAGUCAGUAUGCAAUAUAGAAUGUUGGAUUUUUUCUACAAGAGAAACAUUAUAGACUUAUUAUCCAUUUUUAUUAUAAAAUAAUAAAGGAUCUUCCACAUAAAACAA